UCCUAAAAGCUCACUAUUUUGAAUUACACCGCGGUUUGUGCGCUUUAACUGUUUGGGUCCUAUAACAAACAGAAAUAAAUUGAAAUGUAGUUAGUUUAAAACAUUAUAUCAGUCGCCAUUUCCGCUAGUUGUUGUCGCCUGUUUGCAGCUAGCAACGGAUGCAUUGUUUGAGACGGUGUAAGUUAGCUUGCUUGCUAGCUAACCUUCAAGUUGUUGACAUCACUGCACAGGGUUUAUGUGUAGUUCUGAGAGCACAUAUUAGUAGGAACAGAAGUGAUUGUUUUGAGGGGAAGAUGUCUCAGAAAGCAACAACCAGGACUUCAUCACUCAUGGCCCUUCAUUCGGAUUCACAUAAGCAGAGCAUCCUGAGCAAAUUCGACAAGCUCAGGAAAAGGGACCUACUGUGCGACAUCACUCUUGUUGUGGAAGACGUGCACUUCAAGGCGCACAAAGCCCUCCUGGCAGCAAGCAGCGAGUACUUCUCUCUCAUGUUUACGGCAGAAGAUCAGAUCAGUCAGUCUACCUAUCGGCUGGAUGGUAUGGCAGCUAAGAUGUUUGCAGCAGUGCUGGAGUUCAUCUACAGCGCCCGGGUGUCUGUGGUCGAGAGCGCCACAGAGCAGCUUCUGGCCACGGCUCGUCUGAUGGAGGUCAACGACCUUGUCAAGGUGCUCACUGAACUUACGCGCUCUGCUGCAGCGGAUAGAGGUGAGGAGGUAAAGGCAGACAUAGCCGAGGUGCCACAUGUGUCGAAACGCAAAAGGGGACGGCCAAAGAAAAAUGUGGAUGUGCCUGUAACAGAGCUGGAGGGCAGAAGUGCACCAUGUGAGAGCUCAGAGGAGGGGCAGGCUGGAGAUAUGGACUGUGAUGAUAUAGUAACUGAGUCACAACCUAAAGACGAUGCAGAUUAUAACCCGGUAGCCCACCAGAGCCGGCAGAGCAAACGCAAAAUCAGGCCACCGGUAAAAUACAAGAGCUACAAGGUGGGCAGUGACACAGCAGGAAGCAAAGAGCCUGGGAAGAGAGGCAGGAAAAGGAAAUACCCCAACACUGAGGCCCGAUGUGAGGACUGUGGCAAAGUGUUCAAAAGUCACCUCUUUUUAAAGAUUCACCAAAGGACUCAUACAGGAGAGAAGCCUUUUCAGUGCCUGGUUUGUGGAAAGGGUUUUACCCAGAAGCACACUCUGCUGGUUCACCAGCGCAUGCACACUGGAGAAAAGCCGUUUGUCUGUACUGUCUGCUCCAAAGCGCUCUCCACCAAACACUCCCUACAUGAGCACAUGAACCUCCACGAAGAAGAGAAAUCCUUUAGCUGUGAUAAAUGUAGAAAGACCUUCACUCAGAAGAGGCAACUUAAAAGCCAUUACAGAGUUCAUACAGGCAAAUCGUUACCAGAAUGUGCUCAGUGUCAUCACAAGUUUAUGGACACGGCUCAGCUGAAAAAGCACCUGAGAACUCAUACAGGUGAGAAGCCUUUCACCUGUGAGAUUUGUGGAAAGUGUUUUACAGCCAAGAGCACACUGCAGACUCAUAUCAGAGUUCACAGAGGCGAGAAGCCAUAUGACUGCAGCAUCUGCACCAAAUCAUUCUCAGACCCCAGUGCAAGACGACGACAUGUCGCCUCCCACUCAGGGAAGAAACCCUUCACCUGCUCCUUCUGCAGCCUUUCGUUUACCCGCCUGGACAAUCUGAAAACACACAUCAAAUCCCACAACAAGGAAAGAGCUGCAACAACAGUAGCGGACGUCGCAGCACCACCAGAGGAGGUGCGUAACAUCCUGCAGCUGCAGCAGUACCAGCUGCCCUCCAGCUCUGAACAGGAGAUCCAGCUGGUGGUGACGGGAGAUGUGGACAACAUUAACUUUGUGCCUGGUCAGGACCAGGAGAUCAGCAUCAUCACCACAGAGGGGGAGUCGACAGAAUCGGCCCACUCCAGGCUCACCCUCCUCACCCAGUCGUCAGGAAAUGUGCAGAAUGUGGCUCUGGUCACUCAGGGUGGCGUGGUGGACCAGAGCCCUCAGAUUCAGACUAUAAGUAUGCUGGAGGGCCAGAUGGCGCAACAGCCUGAGCAGAUGCAUGUUAUCACUCUGAGUAAAGAGGCGAUGGAGCACCUUCAAGCCCAUCACGGUCCCCCUCAGCCCCUUCAGAUAGCACCACGACCCGUCCAGCAGCUGCAGGUGAUGCACCAGCCGAUCCAGCAGCUGGCUGUCACUCAGGAGACCACGCAGGGGCAGGUUGGCAGGGAGCAACACAGCCAGGCCAUUCAUAUCAGCGGCCAGAGCAGCCAACCCAUCGCCAUCAGCCAGACCAGCGAGCAGAUCUCCAGCCAUCACAUCCAGGGACAGACGUUUCAGAUCCAGGCAGGGACCGUGUCCUACCUGUACACCACCGGACUGCCGCAGGAGAGCUGAGUGUGGGCCGGAUGACUCAAGCUGCCAAAUCCAAACUGAUAAUGCUGCUACAGUUCACGUUAAUAAUGGGGUAAUGGAUGAACAAAAUCAUCAUAAUAGAGUAAGAAUAUUUUUAGAGGAACAAGUUUUACUGCAAAUUCUAUAUGUUUAAAUUUUCUGUCAACCAUUUUCCAAAGCAAACCAUAAUUAGUAUUUUUCUUUAAAUCCCUUUGAUCCCUUAAAUUUGCUUUUGUUUUAAGAAUUGAGGUAAAGAUAAGUACUAAGCAGAGCAUUUUACAGUUGAAAAAUGUACUUUUUUUUAAACAUUUCUGUACUGAUACCGAUAUAUCUAAUAUCAGUUUAGUUCUAAUAUCCAAACAUCGACAUUUUGAAAAGCAAGUUGGUCACAUUUAGCAUUAAAAAGGUUGCUGUUUGACAGCCAACACUCA